CUAUCACCACAUAAACAUGAAGAUGAACUGGACUGAAGCUCAGAGAUACUGCAGAGAAAACUACACAGAUCUGGCCACAGUCAGCAACAUCAACGACCUGAAUCAACUGAAGAAGAGGGUGAAAAUCAAUCUAAUUGGUGUCUGGAUUGGACUGCAUAGAUCAAUUGAUUCUAAAUGGAAGUGGUCUCUGGGUGAUCCUGUGAAAUAUACAAACUGGUCUAAUGGAGACUCAAAUGGUCCAGGUCAGUGUGCUUAUAUGAAAGAUGGAUCAUGGCAUCAUCAGGACUGUACAAAUAACAAGAUAAGUUUCAUCUGCUACAAUGAGAGCAGUAAAGGAUUCAUCAUUGAGAGUUCUUCAGUAUCAUGGCAAAACGCUCGGAGUUUCUGCAGACAGCAUCAUACUGAUCUGACCAGUGUGAGGAAUCAGACUGAGAAUCAACAGAUUCAGAAGAUCAUGAAUGACACAAACAUAUCUGAAGUCUGGAUUGGUCUGUUCAGUGACUCAUUUGAGUGGUCAGAUAAAAGUGAAUCUGGAUUCAGAGACUGGAGCUCUAAUGAACCUAAUAAUGGUGGUGGUUCUCAAAAUUGUAUACAAGCCAGAACGCUAGAAAAGGAUAUGCUAUGGCAUGACUUGAGUUGCAGUGACUCUGAGACCUUUGUGUGUCAUGAAGAUAAUCUGAUAUUGAUCCAGAUGAAUCUGAGCUGGUCUGAAGCUCGGAGAUACUGCAGAGAGAAUCAUGUGGAUCUGGUUUCAGUUGAUUCAGAGGAGAUUCAGUUCAUGGUGACAGACGUGAUUCAUCGAUCCUCUACUGAAGCCGUGUGGAUGGGGUUACACUAUUACUGCCAAAUGAACCUCUGGAUCUGGAUACGAGGAGAGGCCGUGUGCUAUCAGAAUUGGGCUCCAGGGAACGGAGCAGGACUGAUGGACUGCAACACUGAACACAGAGCUGGAGCAGUUCAGUCUGGAGGAGAUCAUCUCUGGAUCAGCCUUCCUCAAUCUCACAAACUCAACUUCAUCUGCAGCAGAAAAUAAUCAAAUCAUUUGUGUCUAUCACUUCUUUUUUGUUCUCUGUUAAUUUUUUGUUUUGUUUUUAGCAUUUGAGUUAUGACAUAUUACAGAUUAAAUACAACAUUAUGCCUUAGUUCAGAAUCAUUCAUGUAUAAUAAACAAAAAUAUGUUCUAUGUUAAUCUCGUGACACAAUAUAUUUUCUUAUGUUUCUUUAAUAACUGUUGAAUUAUAUGAAAUGAAUGUGUUAGUUAUAUUUUGGGAGUGGGUUAAAGUUCAUGAUAUUUACUCAUCAGAUGUCACUUCUGUUUUGUUUUAUGUGUGAU